CAUUGUGUGACAUGGUAUUUGAUUAUAAUAACUCAUUUUUGAUAAGUAACUAAAGAAUAUUAUUUUUCCAAGGUUUAAUACUGUUCCUGAAUGCACUCAAACAUCAUUGGUCACAACCAUACAUAAGACCAUAUUUUGUAGAAGCUGGCUGGUUUACUGUACUGGACACAGUCUUCUUUACUGGUUCCACCACUGACUGCUCGACGCGUACAUCAAGACUGCAGAGCCUGUUCUUUAGUGGAGGGAGGGAGAAACAAGCCUUGAUAUCCAUCGUUCACAUGCCAAUCAUAGAUAAAAAUAAUGAUGUUGAUUAAAUGCGAGAUUUUAAUUGUGUUUUACAUUGUUUAUUUCCGGAAUCCGGUCAUUAGGAUUUUAGAUUACUGAUGUCACGGAGUAUUUUAGUUCAAUGGAUUAGAUUCUAUGUUUAGAUUUUGCAUCCUUGUUGGUGAGAUUUUCAUCAUGUUUAUACAUGUAGGACGAAGACGAUGAUGUAUUAUGGCAAAAAAUGUAAGGGAAAAAAACACAACUGCGUUUUUAUCCACUCGAGAAAAGCAAGAAACCUCGCAGUACUUAAAAGGAAUCAAAGCUUUAAUAUAUGAAAGCGGUUUGGGAAAAACUCGCGCAAGUAUUUUGGCCAAACAACUACAAAGACACGGAGGAACACAGACAAAGGCUAUUAGUUACGAUACAACUCAUGUUUUAGUUGGAAAUACUGUUACUUUUGAAAAAUUGUGGAAAGCGUUAAACUUUGGUGAAGUUGUGCAGAAGAAUAUACAGAUAUUGCGUGCAGAUUGGUUAAGCUCGUGUUUGAAAGAAGGCCGACUCCUUGAGACUGACGGAUUUUCUCUUCAAGGUCAAAAUGAUGUAUGUGAGAAGCCUAUCAAAGAGUGUGAAUUGGACUUUCCUGAUGAGCAAGCUUGUAGCAGUAGAACUCCUGCGAGUUUCAAUUUAUUGACAAAUGAGGAGGUAACAGGUGCUUUCAGUUUGAACAGCAAAAGGCCAAGAAAAAAUGUGAGAUCGAAAGAAGAGGUUGUGGAUGACAGUGAUUAUGAAGAGAGUGACGAAGGAGAGAUUUGGAACAAGGAGGAUAUUGGGGAAUGUUUGGAGAUUUCACCUAAUAUUUCACCCCACAAGAAGGGAGACCAAUGGAUUUGCACAAGACCAUCUACAUCAUCUCCUAAAAACAUGAAUGAAACUAUUACUGAGAAAUUAGAGGUUUUAGAAAAGUUAUACAAAAAUACUGAUGACAAGUGGAGAGCUCUUGGUUAUAGAAAAGCAAUUGUGUCUGUGAAGAAGUUUCCAAAGAGAAUUGAAACUCUUGAGGAAUGUCGGAGCCUGCCCUUUGUUGGCGAACGACUUGCCAAAAAAAUUUGGGAAAUCGUUGAGACGGGUCAUCUACAGCGUUUGGAUUAUUUAGGUACGAAAAAUGAUGCCUUGGAGUUGUUUUGUAAUGUUUGGGGAGCUGGGCCAAAGACUGCGGAAACAUGGAUUAACAAGGGAUUUAGAACACUUGAUGAUUUAAAGGAGCAUGGUAAUCUUAAUCGUCAACAACAGAUUGGUUUACAACACUACGAUGACUUUUUGGAAAGGAUGCCUAGAAGUGAAGCGGAGGAAAUCGGGAAUGUCGUCAUAGCAACAGCGCGGUCUAUAAAUCCACAACUUACGUGUGAAAUUUGCGGUUCGUUUCGCCGCGGUAGGGCUACCUGUGGUGAUGUGGAUGUCCUCAUAUCUCAUCCUGAUGGUCGCUCGCAUGUUGGAAUCAUGGGAAGGCUGCUGGAAAAACUCAAGGAACAAGGUUUCCUUACUGAUGACUUGACGCUGAUGGAUGAUAAGGAACAACGAAAAUAUCUUGGUGUUUGUUUGUUACCAGGCGAUGGGCAAAAGCAUCGUCGGUUGGACAUUAUCGUCGUUCCAUUUUGCGAAUGGAUUUGUGCUCUUCUCUAUUUCACAGGAUCUGAUUACUUGAAUCGAUCAAUGCGUUUGUUAGCGAGAAAAAAGGGAAUGUCGUUAUCGGAGCAUUCGCUCAACGCAGGUGUUGUGAGACAGGGUCAAGAAAGAUUAAGUGAAGGAAAGCCAUUACCGUUGACAGAAGAGAAAGACGUUUUUAAAUAUCUUGGUCUGGACUAUCUUAAACCUCACGAAAGAGAUUGGUAAAGAUAAUGGAUGACACACCUCCUGGUAUCCAGGCCCUUGCCACUGAAAUGAACGCGGACAUGCGAUUUUUGGAGAAUAUAUUUGUUUCAAGUAUAGAAUAGUACUUAGCUAUGAAGUAAUAUUGUCAAUGCCACUUAACGAUUUUAUCCGAAUUUUGAAGAUUUUUUUAUUUGAAGAAGUCGAUUUUAUUCUAUGUAUAUUUAUUACUUUUAUUACGUAUUGUUUUUAUUUGAGUUUGUCAUCUCAUUAACGUUAAUGUAAUUAAGAAGAAUUUUGCCAAA